CCUAAAAUAAAAAAAUAACCUCAAAAAAUACACUUAACUCGUUUAUUUUUAUUUAUAAAUAAAUUGAAAGCAUAAAAAUGAAACGACAAAUGAUGCAUUUAUCGCGAAAUUUACUACAAAAUAAAUGCAGUAAUACAUAUUCUUUAUCAAGAUAUUUAAGUUCACAAGAGGCGAUAGAGCGUCGCCACCACCUUUUUUCACUAGAGAAGAAGCGUCAGCUGGAAAGUGUGGGCCGCAUUGAGAAGAUCGAAGUACAAUACAAGGGUGUUCCCAAAGACUGCACUCUGAUCAUGAAUAAAGACAUUUCGACUCCUCACGAUUGUGCGAAACAUCUGAGUGAGUGGCACGCGGAGAGCAGUGCGCUGGCCCUUAUUGAUGGUGCUGUGCACUGGGACAUGCACCGGCCUCUGACCGAAAACUGCACACUUGAAUUCCAGAGCUACAACAGCGCGGAGCCUCAGCAAGUGAACAAGGCGUUCUGGCGCUCCUGCUCGUUCCUGCUGGGCGCCGUGGCUACGCGCGCAUUCAAGGACAAGGUCGAGGUCAAGCUCCACAGCUUCCCGGGACCCGAUAUCCGCUCGGGCUCGUUCAUAUACGACGUGGCGCUCUCGUUGCCGGCCUGGCAGCCAUCUUCGCAAGAGCUGCACACACUGACAGCUGAGUUUGUAUCUCUGAGCCGCCGCGCGGCCGCCAUGGAGCGGCUCGAGGUCUCUGAGGAACUUGCGAAGGAGAUGUUUGUCGAGAACGAGUUUAAGGUCCAGCAGAUACCUAGCAUUGCUAAGGCUAAUGGCAAGGUCACGCUAUACAGGGUGGAAAAUCACGUUGACAUCUCGAAGGGGCCGCUCAUAAAUCACGCGGCGCAGGUCGGCCGAGUCGGUGUCACCGCCGUUCACAGGCUAGAAGGUCCGAGCGACUUUCAGUUGUACCGGUUCCAAGGCGUGGCGCUGCCCGCGGGGGUCAUUCUGAACCACUUCGCGUUUAAAGUGCUCACUGAUCGCGCACAGAAAUUGAACCCGUCGCGGUCACCGCUCGGGCCGUGGGAGCCCCGCCAGGCGGCGGCGCGGGCGUAGACACACACACUGUACUGAUACAUAGCUAGACUUGUUAUAAGGAAUUAUAGAAUACUGAUAUAAGUU